GGCUGUUGAUUCCAUUAAUAGAACUGCAGCAAGGUACUAUUUGCUCUCGUUCGCUGGCUCAGCCGGAUCGGGGCUCAGAAAUUUGAGGACGAACUAGCAGCGGGAUUGGUCGAGGCAAUUUGAUUGACUUGAUCGCGGUAUGACGGUGAAGACGAUGAUGAGAUUCUCCUCGCCGUCGCAGGAAAAGAUGCGGCGGCGGCGGCGAAAGUUCAAGGUUGUCGUGAGCGUGGAGGCCGUCGAGGGCUUGCCCCCUGCCCUCCCGGGGGCAGGUGCGGCGGCGGCGGCGGUUGAGUUCGAGUGGAGGCGGCGGCUGCCCGUGGUCGCCGGCGCGCUCUCCUUUCUCGUGGGAAGGAAGAGGGCGGAAAGAGGGAUUACGUCGAGAAGGAUGGUGGAGGCGGGAUUAGAGUUCGCUGCCGCUCGUUGGGGCGACGAUGACGAGGCGAGCCGGUUCGAGAAUGUGUGCCGGUUUCGUGAAUCCGAUCUGGUAGCCGGGCCGAUCGUCGGGUUCGAUUCUGGUAGAGCGUGGAAUGUCUCCUUUUCCGUCCUAUAUGGAAAUAGUGAUGAUGGAGUUAAGGCCAAGGAACUUGAAAGAAUCGGGACAGCAACGGCAAACCUAGUAGAAUGGGUUAGGGAAUCCUUAUCCCAUGAAACAGGUGAAAGGGCAGAAGGGAAGAAGGAACUGAAGAAGCAACUUCCCAUCAUCUUAAAAACGGACAGCUUGUCAAGCUAUGGGAUGCUUUAUGUUACUCUCAGUUUCAUAGAGGUGAGUCCUGGCAGCGUAACACGGAGCGCAUCAGUCAAUGCAGAAAAAACAAAAAUGGAACGAAUGGAGAGACAAAUUGAGAGAUCCAAUUCAGGAAGCUCUGACCGAGGAAAUACGGAUGAUGAUGAUGAUAUAUUGGCAGUCGAGAGUAAUCAGAAUCACACUGCUAGCAGCAGCGGAAGAACAAGCCCAGAGUCAGAAUCAACUUCAAAGGGAUGGUUCAGCUGGCGUAAGAAGAUUAAAAGUAGUGUUUCAUAUAGGGACCUUGAGGGAGAAAACAAAAGAACUUCCUUAUCUCAGGAACUGUUUUUCUCUGAUAACAGCAAAGAAGCAUCGUUGAAGGUAUCUAGUCAAGAAGAUAUCGAUCCCAUUGGUAUAUGGACAAGUGAAGAGUUUAUGAGCAGGGACAAGCAAACAAAACUCAAAGCUCUGACAUUCUUCGCUUCCAUCGAUCAGAGAGAUCCAACUGCUGGAGGAGAGAGUGCUUGCACAGCAAUCGUCGCAGUGAUUGCAAAUGCCCUCCACAAAAACGAACUGAAUACUCCAACAAGAUCAGAGUUUGAUGCACUUAUUAGAGAAGGUUCAUCGGAGUGGCAAAAGUUAUGCAACAACAAGUCGUACAUUGAACAAUUUCCGAACAAGCACUUCGAUCUCGAGACCAUACUGGAAGCAAAAACAAGGCCGAUAUCCAUUUUGCAUGACAAAUCUUUCAUAGGAUUCUUUCAACCAGAGAGUUUCAAAUCUUUGCAUGGCUUAAUGUCAUUCAAUGACGUUUGGGCUGAGAUAGUAAAUGACAUCGGAACAGAUAGUAAGGUCUACAUUGUGAGUUGGAACGAUCACUUCUUCAUCCUCAAGUUGGAAACAGAUGCAUACUACAUCAUGGACACACUGGGAGAGAGACUACAUGAAGGAUGUCAGCAAGCUUAUAUUUUAAGAUUCGACGAUACAACAGAGAUGUACCGGUGUUGUGAAGAGAACAAGGGGACUGAAGACAAUGAAGAGAUAAUCUGUAGAGGGAGAGACUGUUGCAAAGAGUACAUAAAUAGAUUUUUAGCUGCUAUACCAUUGCAGGAGGAGUUGGAGCUGGAAAAGAAAGGGAUCGAAACCAACACAGCACUUCACCAGAGGUUGCAGAUCGAGUUCCAUUUGACAGACUCUUCAAUGAGUUGGCAGCCAUUUGAGUUGUAAUGAUUGUUGGACUGGCACAGUAAUGGCUCCAUGGACGACACAGGGAGAAACAACAUUACUAGGGAUAUAGAUUCGAUUGACAAAGAUAUAGAUUGGAAGUGACACACAUGUACAGAACACCAAAUAUAUACUCUUUGGACACAAUUUGUAGAAGAGCAGAGGGGCAACCACAUUGAAGUAGUGGUUAUGUACAUAAAUAAAUCCUCUUCUUCCGAUAA